AUGCUGGCCACCGUUGGUGCUGAUGUUAGCAGUGAGGAGUGCAGAAGACGCAAGAUCAAAUGCGAUGGCCAACAACCGUGCCAUCGCUGUGGAAAUUUGGAUCUAACAUGUCUUUGGCCUCCCCAACGUCAUAUUAAAAAUGCUGAGUGGAAUUUAGGUCGUUAUGCGGCUCCUGCGAAGCCAGUUGCGCCAACCGUCGUAGAUCCCUCGGAUUCUCGGGAUGUAAAAGCUCUAAGGUCCCAGGUCAUUUCACUUCAGGUGGAAUUACAGGCUAUGUCGGCUCAAUUGAAGCAGGCCAUAGAAUAUCGAGAUUCCGAACCCAAGAUUCAGCAGGACACUCCUACGUCCCGGGAGGGGCAGGGUCACACACACGUUAAGCAUUCACAUACAAGCAAUGUCACGUAUCGGAAGGAUUGCCUAUAUCAUGGCCCUGCAGGCACUGCUUUCACAUUUGACAUAGCGCGAGCUAACUUACAGUCCAUGGGACUAAUGUCCGUGUCGACUGACGACGAUAAUUCCCUGGACUACUAUUCUACCGAUGAUGACCCUGAGGUAUCGCAACAUGUACCAGACCCCCUUGACCUCGUGUCACCGGAAGAAGUGCUACGCUUGUGCAAGGCGUUUGCAGAGGAGACCAAUGUCAUGUAUCCAUUUCUGGACAUGAACAAGAUCAUGGGCCAAAUUGAAAUACUUAGAACAGCCCAGGACGCGAAGGGAAGCCGGACGAUCUCGGGCGAUGACAGAGAUAUCAUCGUCCUUGUGCUGGCAAUAUCUCUGAUAAGAGAGAGCGCCGGAGAGAGCGAGCUAGGCAGGUCGUUGUUCCAUUCGAUCAGGAAUCGUUUAGAUAAGAGGAUUUGGGCUCCAUUAUCUAUCACUGGCAUCAGUUCUCUGGUUUUAGCGGCUCGGUACUAUUUCUAUGCGGAUGAAGACGAAAGAAUGGCUUGGCGGACAAUCGGCAUCGCUGCAAGACAAUGUUUUGAAUUAGGGCUACAUCAUCUGCAGGGAUACUCGAAGUUCGAUGAAGAGGCCUCUCGGUCAGCCCUCGUCCUAUUCUGGUCGGUUUUUGCCCUAGAUCGCCGCUGGAGUUUUGGGACUGGGUUGCCGUUUUCAAUACAAGAAGAAGAUAUCGAUCUAUCCCUGCCAGAGCCAGACGAUUCUCAUAAGUAUCUUAAGACCAUGAUUCCAUACUGUCGACUUAGCACCAAAGUCUGGUAUUCCGGUCUCGGGACAGGUGCGAUCUCGAAACUACGCAGGGAUGGCAUGGAAAGCCUUGAUUCACAGGUCCUUCAAUGGCACCAACAGAUGCCAGAAUCCCUCAAGUGCCCAAACCCAUACAGCGUCGAAGUUGGACUCCCUACGAUCCCGAGAAUACUUCAAAUUCAAAUGUAUGUCCGGACAAAUACCAUGCGCGUCUUGAUCUACCGGCCAAUUCUCUAUAGCUACACCAAUAUCAUGCAGGAUAUGCCGCAUGCAGUGUUAUGUGUACACCUUGCCAAAGACACGAUACGUAUCCUGUAUCAUACGCACAAGGCUACCAAGUUCUACAAAACCCAUCAGACGCUAUUCAAUUUUUUUAUUCUGUCUUCUCUGGCAAUUAUCCUUUUGGCAUGUUUUCAUGAUCCGGCGGACUUCUGUUCUUGUGUCCAAGAGGAGGUCUUCAUGGCCCUUGAACUCGUCAAGGUUUUGAACUCCAAGUCGCGAGUUGCGAGACGACUGUGGAAAUCAAUUCGAGAUCUUCGGGAGGUUGGUGAGAGGCUCGGCGUCCUAUCUCCUGCCAGCCCUGUCGAGAAAUCUCAAACCUCGACAGUAUUUCAUGACACAGACAUUCAGCCAUUUUCUGUGAAUAGCGUUGACGAAACUGAUGUCCCGAUGCCUGGAACCAGAGUGAGCGCCGAGCUGACAGGCCUGUUGCAAGAAAUUGGGAUUUAUCACCCUCUCACAACUGUGUACCUUAGCCAGGGUAAUGAAAACAAUGAAUUCGACAACCGCCCUCCGGAGCUAUCGUGGGAAAAUCUUACGGCACCUCAGUGGAGCAACGCUGAUGGACUAUCUGAGGUCCUGAAUCCGCUAUUAUGGAAUUGGUAG